CUAAAUAUGUACAUGUGUACAUAUUUGCAAUCUACUAAUUUUUAGAAUUAUGCGAUGGACUGGGUUAAAAUCACAGGAGUUUUAAUGACAUGCUUUACGCAUGGCUAUCUCAUCAGGAUAAUUGUGACUUUUUUAUGAAUUUUAUUACCCUGACCGUGGAUAAAAAGGCCUCAAUUUUUGAGGCAAGCUCGUCUCAUUGUAAGAAAGAAUUUUUUGGGGAAAACUGUUCCAAUAUUAAAAUACCUAAUUUCACAGGUGUCAUUUACAUACGUAGCGUUGCUUAUUUGGACUUGGAAGAAGAGACAAAUUUCAGAAUUUUUUGAACCAUGAAGCUUUUCAGAAUUAAUUGUAUGUUCCGAUCGUACAUGACACCAGUACUUUUACUAACUUUGUUAUGCAACGGUAGUGUAAGUGGUUGGAUCUCGUUUGAGGAUGACGUGAUUCUAUCCGAGAAACAAGGUGCUGCUUUAAAAGAGUUCAAACAAAGGGUCCUCCCCCUCCUGCACGUUGAGUAUAUGAAAGACGACAUAUACUUGGCCAAAUGGCUCAAAGCGAAAAAGUUUCAUGUCGACGAUGCCAUUCAAAUGUUGAAAAAUCAUUUAGAGUGGCGAAAAUCCACAAAUUUCGACAAUCUUGGCCCCAAUGAGUUUUCCGAUCUCGAAGCUGAUUAUCCCAUCGAUGUCGUGGGGCAUGACACGCGAGGAAGACCACUGGUCCAACUCCCCGUGGCCGAGUGGGACCUUCGCCUCGCCGCAAUUUCGGGGAAGACGGACCGAUUAAUUUUAUACAUGUCGAAAACAUUUAACGAUGCUUGGCUAAAAGUGAGAGAGUUGCAGAAUGUGGGGAAAAACGUGACCAGAUUUCAGACCAUCGUCACCGUGGGCAAGAUUAGUGUGGCGCAGCAAGUUAAUCCGUCAAGUUUUCCCUUCUAUCUCGGUGUGGGACUUACGUAUGAGAGGAAUUUUCCCAAAAUGGGGGACGACAUUUACCUCGUGGACACCGCCCCGAUCUUCCAAGUGGUCAUAAACCUGGUGAAAGCCGUGGUCGCGAAAGACGUGGGAGACUCGAUCCACGCUUUCGGACGGGACCGGAAGGCGUGGGUGGAGCAGUUGAAAGGCAGAAUAGCUCUGGACCAACUCACCCACUAUUUUGGGGGCACAAUGGUGUCAAAACAGUAAUUGUAUUUGUCUAUAUUUUUUGUUAAUGUGAAAAAUUGUUAAUGAAAAAUUAAAAAAUAGCACGAAA